AUGCUAUGGCACCUAUUCAUAAUGAUUAGCAAGCGAAUCACGCGAAGUGAUUUUUAUGCUACAUUUCACCUCCCAUAUGCUACUAAGGGGACUCUCUCUCUCUCUCUCUCUCUCUCUCUCUCUCUCUCUCUCUCUCUCGGCAUUUUUGUUGUUUUUGGUUUUUGCUCUCUCUCUCUCUCUCUCUCUAUCUAUCUAUCUAUCUAUCUAUCUCUCUAUCUAUCUAUCCAUCUAUCUCUGCCUCGCUCUCUCCCUCUAUCUAUCUAUCUAUCUAUCUGCCUCUCUCUCUCGAUUUCUCUCUCUCUCGCUCUCGAUUUAUCUCGAUCACACUCUCUCGACUUCUCUCUCUCCCUCUCUCUCUCUCUCUCUCUCUCUCUCUCGAUUUCUUUUGAUCUCGCUCUUGAUUUCUCCCUCUCAAUUUCUCUCGAUAUCUCUCUUGAUUUCUCACUCUCUCUCUCUCGAUUUCUCUCAUUGCCUCUCUCUCUCACUCUCGAUUUCUCUCUCUCUCUCUCUCACGAUUUCUAUCUCUUGAUAUCUCUCUCUCUCUCUCGAUUUCUCUUGAUCUCUCUCUUGAUCUCUCGAUUUCUCUUGAUCUCUCUCUCCCUCUCUCUGCCUCUCUCUUUCUCUCUCACUCUAAAUUUCUUUCUUGAUCUCUCUCUCUCUCUCUCUCUUGAUUUCUCUCGGUCUCUCUUUCACGAUUUCUCCCUCUCACGAUUUCUCUCUCUCUCUCGCGAUUUUUCGCGAUCGCUCUUGCUCUUUUAUUGUUUGAAAUGA